AUGUCAGGUUCCCUCCUUCCAAUGGCCUUUGCCCGGUUUGGACCCCGACUCCACACCUCGUCCCUUGGCUCCCUUCUGCCACCCUCCACCCCCAGCUGGGAAGCGUCCCUUCAUCACCUGCCCUCCAGGUCAGCCUUGUAUGUUGUCCGCUCUGAGGAGACUGGCUGUCCAGUUUGCCUGGCACCGUCCUGUGUUAGAACUGAGAGCCCUCAUCACCAGCACGACCCCACCUCUGUCACUCCUAUGGGCUCAGAGGAGCAGGGAAGCCCGGCUGGGCUGAGACGCCUACUGGGAGGGGGCGUACUAUGUGCUAGACCCUCAAACCAAUGCUUUCGCUUUCACUUCCUGUUGGAUUUAAACCCACCCUAA